CCAGGAGUCCAGUAGCUUCUUGCUAUAGUAGAGCUGCCAGCCAUGGACCUGUGCGGCCACCACCACCACCAGGUACAUGACGGAGACGGCCGAGAAGCCGAAGAUGAAGCGGCAGAGGCGGCCACUGGGCCCCGAGAAGACACUGGGGCUGCUGGAGGCUUCAGUGGUGCACCAGGAAGGAGCCCUGCUGGCACUGAACAAGCCCCCAGGCCUGCCUGUCCUGGGACAGCCUGGCGAGCUGAGCCUGGAUGCACUGCUGCCAGUGCUGAGGCGACGGCUGGGCCUCCCUGCUGACCUCCAUGUGGUGAAGGCUCCUGCCAGGGAGUGUUCUGGCCUCGUCCUCCUGUCCAGCUGCUACCACACCACUAAGAAGCUCCAGCAGUUCUUUGCUAAAGCCCGCCAGAGAGGCCAGUACCCUGCCACAUACUGUGCUGUCACUGUGGGAGUCCCGGCAGAGGCAGAGGGCGAGAUCCGCACUGGGCUGUGCUGGCAGCAGCAGGGCGACACUGUCAUGGUGGUGCCAGUGCCAGCCCCAGGACGCCACAGCCUGGCCAGGAAGGAGGUGAAGAUUACCCUGACCCGCUACCGGGUGCUUGGUGCCAGGGGGGGCUGUGCCCUCCUCCAGCUCCAGCCCAAGACAGCCUUCCCAGAACAGCUUCAGGUGCACCUGACGCUGCUGCUAUGCCCGGCACUGGGUGACCACGAGCACUCCUCCCGUGUGGGCAGUGUCCUGGGGGUGCCCUUCCUGCUGACCCCCGAGGCCGCCCCGACCCGCACACAGGUGCUGGACGAGGAGUUGCUGUCCCAGCUGGGACUUUCACCGCAGCAGCUCCGUCACCUCCCACUCCACAUCCACCUGCAGGAGCUCGUGCUGCCCGAGGGCCCCCUCUGUGCACCCCCACCACCCCACUUCCUGCGGACCCUGCGCUGCCUGGGGCUGCCCGAGUGCCCUACUGCUGCAGGGGGAUCCCCACCCCACAGCGCUCUGCCAGCCCAUUAAAAUCCCCACCUGCAGCUGGGGUGGCUCAACA